GUUACGGAGGCACAGUGCAGUCAGCAUGCUAAGAACCUGCCAAUUAUUUUCUGCAAUUGGAUCUCGUUGGAUUUGUCAGCCUCGCUCAGCUGUACACCUGGGACCACGCAGAAAGACUGCUGGCAAGAGACGUGGUCCUAAGAAGGGAGAAGGACAACACGUGGAGGCAGGCAAUAUUCUGAUGCGACAAAGAACUUUGAAGUUCCAUCCUGGUGCUAAUGUUGGCGUUGGAAGGGAUCAUACCCUUUUUGCACUUACUUCUGGUGUUGUGAAAUUUGCACGAGAACCUCGGCAGACUUAUCUAGAGUAUCUGGAUCGAGUCGAAAGAAGUAAAGGGAAGCCAGUACCAGGGGUCAUUAGUUUGACCGGAAGAAAAGAAGACACAUUUGUAUCUCGAAGACGGAAAGAGAAGCAAUAUAUACAUGUUAUUGCUGAUCCCAAACAGGUUAGAUUUGUAAGAAUAGAGUAG